AUGGUAAGGAGACUAUGGUAUGGAGACUAUGGUAUGGAGACUAUGGUAAGGAGACUAUGGUAUGGAGACAAUGGUAUGGAGACUAUGGUAUGGAGACAAUGGUAUGGAGACUAUGCUCAGCCGCUUACAUGGACCACCUCACUCCUGUCCUGGGACCACCUCACUCCUGUCCUGGGACCACCUCACUCCUGUCCUGGGACCACCUCACUCCUGUCCUGGGACCACCUCACUCCUGUUCUGGGACCACCUCACUCCUGUCCUGGGACCACCUCACUCCUGUCCUGGGACCACCUCACUCCUGUCCUGGGACCACCUCACUCCUGUUCUGGGACCACCUCACUCCUGUCCUGGGACCACCUCACUCCUGUCCUGGGACCACCUCACUCCUGUCCUGGGACCACCUCACUCCUGUCCUGGGACCAGCUCACUCCUGUCCUGGGACCACAUCACUCCUGUUCUGAGACCACCUCACUCCUGUCCUGGGACCAGCUCACUCGUGUUCUGAGACCACCUCACUCCUGUCCUGGCACCACAUCACUCCUGUCCUGGGACCACCUCACUCCUGUCCUGGGACCAGCUCACUCCUGUCCUGGGACCAGCUCACUCCUGUCCUGGGACCACAUCACUCCUGUUCUGAGACCACCUCACUCCUGUCCUGAGACCACCUCACUCCUCUCACUCCUGUCCUGGGACCAGCUCACUCCUGUCCUGGGACCACAUCACUCCUGUUCUGAGACCACCUCACUCCUGUCCUGGGACCACCUCACUCCUGUCCUGGGACCACCUCACUCCUGUCCUGGGACCACCUCACUCCUGUCCUGGGACCAGCUCACUCCUGUCCUGGGACCACAUCACUCCUGUUCUGAGACCACCUCACUCCUGUCCUGGGACCAGCUCACUCACCACCUCACUCCUGUCCUGAGACCACCUCACUCCUGUCCUGAGACCACCUCACUCCUGUCCUGGCACCACAUCACUCCUGUCCUGGGACCACCUCACUCCUGUCCUGAGACCACCUCACUCCUGUCCUGGGACCACCUCACUCCUGUCCUGAGACCACCUCACUCCUGUCCUGGCACCACAUCACUCCUGUCCUGGGACCACCUCACUCCUGUCCUGGGACCACAUCACUCCUGUUCUGAGACCACCUCACUCCUGUCCUGGCACCACAUCACUCCUGUCCUGGGACCACCUCACUCCUGUCCUGGGACCAACUCACUCCUGUCCUGGGACCACCUCACUCCUGUCCUGAGACCACCUCACUCCUGUUCUGAGACCACCUCACUCCUGUCCUGGGACCAGCUCACUCCUGUCCUGGGACCACCUCACUCCUGUCCUGAGACCACCUCACUCCUGUCCUGA